AUGAGCCCCGAGCUCACAAACCACCCUCUCAUCCGAGCCGACGGCUCAGCAACCCACACGACAUCCCUCUUCACCAUCCUCGCGGCCGUCAAUGGCCCCAUCGAAGUCCAACGCCGCGACGAGCUGCCCGAAGAAGCAGCAAUCGAAGUCAACAUCCGGCCGUGCGCGGGAAUCGGCGGGCCAAGAGAAAGAUGGCUGGAAAGCGUGCUCGCGGCGCUGCUGAAGAGCGUGUUGCUAGUGCAUGCGCAUCCGCGCACGCUGAUGCAGGUCACGUUGCAAGUGCUGAAAGAGCCGAGUAGUGGGGUGCGAGUGCGGCGCAGGCUGGGCGAUGUUGCGGUUCUGCCUGCUUUGGUCAAUGCGGCUUUUGCUGCGUGUGUGGAUGCGGGGUUGCCGUUGGGGCGGACGGUUGUUGCCGGUUUGGCCGUUGUGCGCGAGGAUGGGGACGGUGUUGUCGUGGAUCCGGAUGAGAAGGCGCUGGCGGGGUGUAGGAGUGUGCAUGCGAUGGGGUUCGAUGCGCAGGGGGAGUUGCUGCUGAAUGAAUCGGGCGGGCAGUUUGAACUCAGGCAGUGGCAGGACGUCUUUGAGGUGUUGAAGACUACGGCCGCGGUUGCGAUUGCGCCUACUGGCGAGGACGAAGCUAUGAUGAACGGCGAUGGAACACCUGCACCAUGGUUGAGGCAAGCGUUGGAAGGGAAUGCUAGGGAGGCGGGAGCAUGGCGUGGGGUGGGAUGA